AUGGCAAUUGCUAAUGCGAACUGUGAGUUUAUCUACUGCGAUGUUGGCACAAAUGGUAGAAUCUCUGAUGGUGGAGUAAUUGCUAAUACCACAUUUUAUGAAAAACUAGCCAAUAAUGAUCUAAAACUUCCUAAUCCGGAAUCUAUGCCCAAUUCUAACGAAAUUCUUGGAUAUACGUUUAUUGCAGAUGAGGCCUUUGCAAUGCGUUCCGAUCUUAUCAAGCCAUAUAGUAGGAAGUCUCCAGAAAAUUACACACCCCCAGAAAGUAUGGAUAGAGAAAAUAUUCCUGCAGAUUCUUCUCUUGCGUUAGGAGACAGGCUACCAUUACCAAUAAGGCAAGAGCGGUGGCUAGUGGAAGACUUUAUGGAUUUACUUCCAAUCCUGUCCCAAGAUAAUUUUACUUUUGGCUAUAGAUGA